AUGUCGGCACAAGUCUUGGAGGGCAGGCCUAUCCCAGAAGUUGACAUUCUCUUCCUCGGCAGUCCAGGGGUUGGCAAAGCGACCUUCCUGUCAAGACUAGAAAACGUUCGCCAUGGCAAGCUCGAUUUAUCUGUCCCCAGGAAACGCGUCUUUGCGCCCACAGAAGCGGUAGCGUUCGAUGUUACCUUGUUCAAUCGUCCCUACAAAUUUCGAAUUCACCCCUCUACAUCCACACUAUUCAUCGAUGCAUUUCCCCCACGGCCUGCGUUUACCAUUAUCGCCUUCUCCAUAUCCUCGCGUGAAUCUCUGUACAAUGCGCAAUACUACUGGCGCAAGCAACUGUCCCUACACUACAACGACCUUGAGCACGAGAUGCCCGUGAUGCUACUGGGGCUCAAGAGAGACGAACGCAAUGAAGAUAGACUGCAGGAUGGAACGUUCGAGUGUGUAAUGCCGCAGGAAGGCCUGCGUGCCGCUCAAGAGAUGCGCUGUGACCGGUAUGCUGAAUGCAGUGCUCUCACCGGAGAGUUGAUGUGGGAAGUGCUCGAGGAUAUCACAAGGACUGCGGCAUUGACGACCACAGAAAGCGGCGGGCUGACCCAGACGAAUGGGUGUUGCUUGAUGUGA